UUUCAGCAGGUUGGCUGAGUGGUGGGUAUGGAACCUACCGAUGUGGAACCUGGGAGUAUGGAACCAGGGAGUAUGGAACCUACCGGUGUGGAACCUGGGAGUAUGGAACCUGGGAGUAUGGAACCUACCGGUGUGGAACCUACCGGUGUGGAACCUGGGAGUAUGGAACCGGGGAGUAUGGAACCGGGGAGUAUGGAACCAGGGAGUAUGGAACCUACCGGUGUGGAACCUGGGAGUAUGGAACCUACCGGUAUGGAACCAGGGAGUAUGGAACCUACCGGUGUGGAACCGGGGAGUAUGGAACCUACCGGUGUGGAACCUGGGAGUAUGGAACCUACCGGUGUGGAACCUGGCAGUAUGAAACCUGCCGGUGUGGAACCUGCCAGUAUGGAACCUGGGAGUAUGGAACCUGCCAGUAUGGAACCUGCCGGUGUGGAACCAGGGAGUAUGGAACCUGCCAGUAUGGAACCUGCCGGUGUGGAACCUGCCAGUAUGGAACCUGGGAGUAUGGAACCUGCCAGUAUGGAACCUGCCGGUGUGGAACCAGGGAGUAUGGAACCUGCCAGUAUGGAACCUGCCGGUGUAGAACCUGCCAGUAUGGAACCUGGGAGUAUGGAACCUGCCAGUAUGGAACCUGCCGGUGUGGAACCAGGCAGUAUGGAACCUAGCAGUAUGGAUCCUGCCGGUGUGGAACCUGGGAGUAUGGAACCUAGCAGUAUGGAUCCUGCCGGUGUGGAACCUAGCAGUGGGGACAGUCUGAGGGAACCGACCAGUGUGCAACCAGGCAGCGGUAUGGAACCUGGCAGUGUGGAACCGGCCAGUGGUGUGGAAACGACCAGGGGUGUGGAACCGUCCAGAGGUGUGGAACCCGCCAGUGUUGACAGUCUGAAGGUUCUGUAUCAGAGUUGUGACUACAUCAUAGUGGAUAAGCACUGGGACAUCCGCAUCGACAGCAAGAUGUGGUACGAGAAACACACUGUCCAGAAACAGCUGGGACUCCGCUUCCCUGAGCUGGCCGACCCUGGGACGUACUAUGGAUUCAGGUUCUGUCACCAACUGGACUACUCCACCAGUGGGGUUCUGUGUGUGGCUCUGAACAAGGCUGCUGCUGGCCGGGUCUACCACUGUUUUAAAGACCGCAGAGCGACCAAGGUUUACCUAGCACUGGUGAGAGGCUGGGUAGAGGAGGAGAAGAUGACUAUAGACUUCUCCAUCGGUGAAAACACCACAGAGGGAAGAACACACAUGAUGUGUAUCCAAGGAACAGGCGGUUGUGAGAACCCCAAGCCCUGUCAGUCUCAGCUCACCGUGUUGGAGUACGGAUAUUAUGAUGGAGAUCCUGUUACCAAGGUGAUGCUGCAGCCUCUCACAGGUCGUACCCACCAGCUGAGGGUUCACUGUGAGGCGGUAGGGCACCCCAUUGUAGGAGACCACACCUACAGCCUGGGAGAGGACAGCGCCCCCUAUCGCAUGAUGCUGCACGCACACCUCCUACACCUUCCUCUGGAGCCGCUCCCCUGCAGGCCGCCGCCCCGACCCCUUCACCACGCCCACUGA